AACCAAUCAGAAAACAACCGAGAAGCUUUGUAUCUAGGCAACAAAUGUAAACGCUGGAAGGACAGGAUUUUUAAGGAAAAUGUACAUCGGUAUGCUGAAAUCAUACAAUAAAAGGACCCCAUAUGGUGGAUUCAGACAUCUUUGAAUCUGUGGAACAACAGCUUAUGAUCUGUAACAACAGAUGAAGUCAUGAACACACAUAGAAGAAGAGACACUCCUCAGGGGCACCACAACUUUGCAGGGGAAAGACGUGGCGUGCCUAAUAGGAAAGCAGAUGCAGUAAAUCAUCCAUUUCCAAACAAGCCUGUGAGCCAUAGAAGACCUAGCAGGCCACAAGUUUCACUCGAUUUGGAUGAUUUUGAAAACAUCACAGUUUCUACUCAACCAGUAGCCUCUUUGUUACCCCAGGAGCAUCAUUCACAUGGCAUCACGGAGACCACCGUAGCCUCACUGUCAGACAGACUGCCCAGUGAAGAGCUGCAGAUGACCAAAGCAAUCCAUGCAAAACAGCUCAUGCUGCAGGAGAAGCUCUUGAAAGUUGAAUUAAAAAUAAGACAAAAGCUUCAGAGGGCCAGCGCUGACUAUGCUGGAGGUAAUGAGAAAACGAGUAGGGAGGAGGGACACAACAGAGGACGAGCUCAGGUGCGAAAAGCUCAAACUAAUACCAGAAUGUCUGAGCUCCAGUCUAAAGAGCUAGCACGAGGCAGAGAUAAAGUGAUGGAGGAUAGAAGGUAUGAUGAUUUUACUCAAGUUAGGCACAAACAAGAUCAGAGGACUGAGGACAGAAUGAGGUCUACGAAGGAAGAACAGCAGGACAUUUCAGAAACUAUUCAGCCUAACAGAAAAGGAAAUAAAGGCACUUAUAAGGUCAUAUCUAGCAAACAAGAAGUGAAUGGAGAACUGAACAAAUCAAGAUGGCACAAUGUGAAAGAGCAUACCAGAGGAAAACGAGGAGAUGGGACGGAUUGUGGUACUGGUGGAGAAAUAGAAAAAAUAAAGUACAGUGAUGUGCCUCAGGAGAGUCUGCAGAAAAACCACAGAGGGGUAGGAGGAAAUCAGCUCUGGGAUUCGACUCUUCCAUCUAGACCUUCACAAUGGAGUGGACCACAACAGGGAGAGCUCGUGCUCAUGGAGAGCACAGAAGUCAGCCUCCAGCUUUUUCCUUGCAAAGUCUGCAACAGAAAGUUUGCGAGUGAAAGAUUAGAGAAGCACGUCCGAAUAUGUGAGAAGGCAAAUUUUUCACACCGGCAAGUCUUCAACUCGUAUGCUAACAGGACCAAAGGAUCCCAGAUAGAGCAGUUCCUGAAAACACACCAGAAACAACAGUCCAGAGGUUUUAAAUAAAAAGAACAGAUCACAAAACCGCCAGGGAAAUCUAAGCAGUCUGCCUCAGGCUCGUCUCCAAGCUGGCACGUCGCAGCCAAAACGGUUCAAGAAAUCCUCCCCUGACGGCGAGCCUGAGAUCCGUGAGCGUCAGCACAUCAAAAGUCACCUUGUUAUGAUGAUGAUGUCACUUAUUAGAUUGGCCACUUUGGAGAAUUUAUUAAUCUGCUGCCAUUUCAAUAUUUCCCUUAUUAUUGUCUAAUAUAAUUCAUGUUCUAAAAGCAUAAAUGUUGACAUCAAUAAACAGUAACAUAAUAAAGUGUGGUAAC